CGGAUACAUCCCGGCCCAUUUCUAAGAAACUAUACCUGAAAAUUGAUUGCACCCUCAAUCCCUCGCCUGUAAUAUGCGUUUGUAACAUUUCCCCUCCACUUCCUUUACCCCCAACGUAGCCUUUAAGUUCAAAGCGGAUGCAUUCAUGCAUUUCUCUAUAUUCCGCACGUUCAGUCUUAUUUCAAAGUUGGACCGAAUGCUUUGCGGGUCUUGGGCUUUGGGAAGCUCCAUAACGGCAUAAAUAUAGAUAAAAAAAAAAAGAUUUUCAAUUUUAUAAUUAAUAUUAUAACCAUAAUAGAUCAAGUUGCAUACCUGUUAUAAACAAAAAAAUAUACAUAUUUUACGCAUCAUGAAGAUCGAGGACUACGAGAACAUAGUAAAAUUCAUCCGAAAUCAUCGAGGCCUGACAAGGGACUGUGCCAGAAAGUUGGUCGCCAAAUAUUCAAACUUUCAACCAUCCACAUUAUACAGUAUUCUAAAUAAAGAAAUACAGCUCCAAAUGAAGAUUAUUCAUUCCGAAGUUUUUGCAAAGGGUCGCAACUAUUACACUAAUUACCUAGAGGCUGUAGGUAGAAAUGAACCAGUUGGAAUACUUCUAAGGCUUGCAACACAAUUUAAGAUUUGCCCUGCGCUAUUUGCUCGCAAAGUCUUAGAAGAUUAUGUAAAAAUUCAUGAUAAAAACAAUCCUAAUUCGAAAAGCUUGAAUAAGUUUCUGAAGGACACUAGUUUGAUUAAAGACAGAAAUCUAGCUUAUGAGGUCUACAUGUGUGUUUUGUAUGAUGAUCAAUAUGGUCCAAUUAAAAAUGCAAUCAGCGACUGCGUUGGAAUAGAGUAUGAAAUGAAACUAGAGGAGUGCCUCAAGGAACGUAAUAUCCCAUAUUCCAAUGAAGAUCAUCUAAGGUUGAAAGGCUACGACAAAACGCCAGACUGCAAAUUGGAGGUUCCCAUAGCUGUAAAUGGUUUUGUUGUCAACUGGAUUGAAUCAAAAGCUCAGUUUGGCAACAAAGAAACUCACAAUAUAUACAUUAAAGAGCAAUUUCUCAGCUAUUGGAACAGAUUUGGCCCUGGACUGGUAAUUUACUGGUUUGGUUAUCUAGAUGAUAUAAUCCAAACAAAGGAAACAAGAUUCAUCGUGAUGGAUCACUUUCCAGAGAAUAUCACAUACAUGGAUCCCACCUCUCUAAUGACAUCUUUGAAGUGACAUGUAUAAUGAAACUUUAAAUUGCUAUUUAUUUAUUAUUAUUUAUUUUAAUAAAAAUCAAGAAAAAACAAAAA